ACAGCUAACUUAAUCAUUGCUCUUAACAUCCGGUGUUUCAUUCUUUUUAGCCUUUUUCGCGAUCGAACGAGGAAGGUUACAAUGGGGAGACGGCCCGCUAGAUGUUAUCGUUAUUGUAAAAAUAAACCUUAUCCCAAAUCACGGUUUUGUCGUGGUGUUCCAGAUCCCAAAAUAAGGAUCUUUGAUUUGGGAAGGAAAAAGGCAUCUGUUGAGGAUUUUCCUCUCUGUGUUCAUUUGGUAUCUGAUGAAUAUGAGCAACUUAGCAGUGAAGCACUUGAGGCAGGUCGCAUUUGCUGCAAUAAAUAUCUAGUAAAAUUCUGUGGUAAGGACCAGUUCCACAUAAGAAUGCGGCUGCAUCCAUUCCAUGUUAUACGCAUUAAUAAAAUGCUUUCAUGCGCUGGAGCUGAUAGGCUCCAAACAGGAAUGCGUGGUGCCUUCGGUAAACCACAGGGCACUGUUGCCAGAGUACAUAUUGGUCAACCAAUCAUGUCAGUACGUUCUAGCGACCGCUACAAGGCCCAAGUUAUUGAAGCUUUGCGUCGUGCGAAAUUCAAGUUCCCUGGACGUCAAAAGAUUUAUGUAUCAAAGAGAUGGGGUUUCACAAAGUACGACAGAGAGCGUUAUGAGGAACUUCGUGAAAGUAAUCGUUUGGAACAAGAUGGUUGCAAUGUUAAGUAUAGGCCCGAGCAUGGACCAAUGGCAGCAUGGGAAAAGGCGCAAAAAGCUUUGUAUGAUUAAAUUGUUUACUGCGCAAUAAAUAAAAAAUGCUUGUCUCUAUAAACAUA